GAAAAUGUCUUGCGGUACAAAGUCUUAAAGAAGUCUAAGUCUAUUACAUCAGCACUAUUACAUUUAUCACCUGUAACCUUGUUGUAAUCUCUCUAUCACUUUACGAGUGCCCAUAUUCAGUCAUAAUACUCUGAGAUUCCCACGAGGUCAUUUGCAUGUACACCAUUAUACACGGAGGGCCUGUUUCACGAGCAACUCACCAGAAUCUGGACACCAGGUCUGACUCCAAGAGGCAUCGCAAGAUGAGGAAAAGCCAGGCAACUUCCACUCCAUAGAAGGGCCACACACUGAGAGACAAUCUCAGGCCGUGACCAAAGCCGAGUUGAGCCCCAGCAAACCAGAGGAGCUGUGGAAGGAGACUCACGUAGUUAUGAAGUCCUACACCAACUGGGAGGAGUUCUUCAUGCCAGCCCCCAUCUUCAUCACCAAGCUGGGAGAGCUGAUGUCCAUCUCUGCAGGUGGGGAACAUGUCAUCUUCAAGGAGAACACCCUCAAAUUGCCGAAAUCCUUUGGGGCUUGCUUGCAGCUAGUGAACAACCAAGUCUGGUGGUCCUUUCACAACACCAGAAAGAUCAUGAAUGAAAUCAAGGGGCACUUCAUGGGUGUCCCAAAGAAGAUGGCAAACAUUGUCCUAACCUUCUUCCAGGAUGAAGUGGGGAAGGCUCCCUACAAGGAGGAGCUUGAAAGCAUACAACUUAUAUCAAAGAACUGCAGAGACUCAACACAGAAGUUUAACAACACAUUCUCUCCUGCAAUCGGCCUGAUUGAGAAGCUGCUGCAGGCCUGUGAAAAGGCCAGGCAGGGCUACGAGGAUGAGCUGAAGGAUGUACAGAAUCUGAAGGCAGACAUCAUCAGGGUGAAGCCAGACAAGGAGGAGUCAGAGCAGGAUCGAAGGAAGAGGAGACAGCAGCUGGAAGAGGCCUUCCAGAAGUACAAGACAAGCAUCCCCACUUCGAGCAAAUCUGUAGGCAUGUGCUUGCUGCAAAUGAUAAAAAGCUACGUCACUGACUCUGGAGCAGCACCUGGACCUGUUUUCACAGAGCAGGAUGGAACUGAGCUGACAGAUAAGACUUUCUUAAAAGUGAAGGAGAACUGGGAGGUGCUGAGGUCAACCCUGGAGGAGGAGGAGAAGAAAUUUCAGAUCACCGAGAAGCAAAACCAGGAGCUGAUGAAAACCGAAUGUGAUAUAGAGACAUAUGAGACAAGAGAAAAAGAGUUAGAGAUAGUUGGAAGGAUACUGGGCCAAGGAGUGGAAGCCCUGAAGAGCAUGAAGAAGCAGUGGGACAACAUGGUGCCGUUCUUUCAGAUGAUCUCCAGUGAGAUCGAAUCCUGCUUCAGGGAAUAUUUCGAUUCUGUUAAAGCUAUCACGAACCCCUCCACAAUGGACCCAAUCUACACCCCGACAUUCAAAGCUUCCAAUGUGGCUCAGUUUGUGUACAUGAUCUCCAAGACCUAUGUCGAGGUAUCUGAUAAAUACCUGAUGCCCCUGUUGGAAGAGCUGGAGGAAAUCUCUACAAAGUCUUCCAAAGACAGUUUCAAAUCUGAGGAGACUGAACUAGCUAAGUGGUGUGACAAGGCCCAGAGAAACAUCUCCAGCCUAGUGCAGAAGAAGGAGGAAGAGUUCAAGAAGAAUUUAAAGGGUCAGGAGGAGACCAUCAAAAAAGACAUGAAGGCCAUGCAGCCCCCAAUGAAUGAGGAUAAGCUGAAGGCGAUUGAAGGCGCCAUGCAGCAGGCAAUGAGGGAGCUGAGAGUGCAAUAGAAAGAUCAGUAUGAAUAUAACGUCCCAGCUACUGGCCCAAACCGAGAUUAAAAAUUUCCACCUCUUCCUGUCGCUUGAUUUUCUGCUUGGAGAU